UUUCUCCUUUCGACAACCGAUGUUUUAACAUAAUUUGUCAAAUUCAUUUACAUCGGUCAAAUGACUUGCAUAAAUUUACAAUAAAAAGAAUACAAAUUUCAAGAGAAUACCAUAAUCUUUGUCGAUCUUUAAAUAUUAAUAAACGCGCAAAGAAAAACAAACGAUCAUAAAAAAAAAGAAAAAAGAAAAGAAAAAAAAUAGAAGUAAUGGUAGAUCGGCGGUAAAAUCUCCCUUUCGGCUUCGGGCAUCGAAGGUGGUUAGUGCGCGUGUGCGAACCGCGCCGAGGGGUGGUUGGUCGAUGGUCCGAUGUGCGAACUCGAAAAUUGCGAAUUCGGGUGAAAUUUUUCAUGUUUUUUGCUCGGUCUUGGGCUGUACGUGAACGGUGAUUCAUUAUUUAUUUUAUCUUUAAAAGGAAAACGUGCGGCUCGCGAGCUGCCACCGCGAAGCGAACGGGUGGCCGAGUCUUUCGUAGGGGCGCACAAAAACGACACGCGGUUGUCGAAAAAUGGCGAAAACCUUUCGCGCGGUGACAGUAUUGACUUUGUCAAACAAUGGACAGUCAAUACCAAAGUAUAAUAAACCGGUCAUACUCAACGUUAAUUAUGACCCGCAAGGCCUCAGCGUCGAACUCGUCUUAGGUGAUUCCACUGCAAGAGAAAAGGUUUCAUUAUUGGAAUUUCCUGUAACUCAUACUACUGAAUGCUCUAGAGUUUCAUCGCGAAGUUAUGUUUUUACAUUGGAUUCAGAUAGCUUGUUAUUAACAUUUGCUAAUGAAACAGACUUUCGAAACUUUCAUUCACAAAUAUUAAAACUGAAAAAUGGAAAGGGUAUAUCAGCAUUUAAUGAAAGAACAGAGGAGUCAUCGGCCAUGCAAUAUUUUCAAUUUUAUGGUUAUUUAUCACAGCAACAAAAUAUGAUGCAGGAUUAUAUCAGAACGAGCACGUAUCAACGUGCAAUUCUUGGCAAUUUAUCAGACUUUAAAGAUAAAGUUGUGUUAGAUGUAGGAGCUGGUUCUGGCAUUUUAUCAUUUUUUGCAAUUCAGGCUGGUGCAAAAAAAGUAUACGCUGUAGAAGCAAGUAACAUGGCAAAUCAUGCAGAAUUACUAGUAGCUGCUAAUAAUUUAUCGGAUAAGAUUAUAGUCAUAGCUGGAAAAAUUGAAGAAAUAGAUCUACCAGAACAUGUUGAUUGCAUAGUCAGUGAACCUAUGGGUUACAUGUUAUAUAAUGAAAGAAUGCUUGAAACUUAUCUUCAUGCUAAAAAAUGGCUAGUACCAGGUGGAAGAAUGUUUCCUUCUAGAGGAGACUUGCAUAUCGCGCCAUUUUCUGAUGAGAAUCUUUAUAUGGAACAAUUUAAUAAAGCCAAUUUUUGGUACCAAACAUGUUUCCAUGGUGUAGAUCUUUCUGCAAUGAGAAAUAAUGCCAUUAAAGAAUAUUUCCGCCAACCUAUUGUUGAUACCUUUGAUAUAAGAAUUUGUAUGGCUAAAUCUGUCAGGCAUAUCGUAGAUUUCCAGACAGCUGAUGAGACUGAUUUACAUAAAAUAGAUAUAGAUGUUGACUUUCACAUAUUAGAAAGUGGUACAUGCCAUGGUCUUGCAUUCUGGUUUGACGUGGCAUUUAUUGGUUCUACUCAACAAGUUUGGUUAAGUACUGCUCCUACAGAGCCUCUUACACAUUGGUAUCAAGUGCGUUGUCUUCUUGAAAAUCCAUUGUUUUGUAAAAGUGGCCAAUUACUUUCUGGAAAAGUAAUUCUUAUUGCCAAUAAAAGGCAAUCUUAUGAUGUUACAAUAGAACUGAAACUUGAAGGGACAAAUAUGGAAAGCAGUAGUAAUACUUUAGACUUGAAGAACCCUUACUUUAGGUAUACAGGAGCAGCAGCACAACCACCACCUGGCUUAAAUAAUACUUCACCUAGUGAAUCUUAUUGGACAACUCUGGAUGCGCAAGGUGCUCGACAGGCUGUGAAUAUGGUUAAUGGCAUGUCGGUCAAUGGUCUUGGUGAGGUCUCAAUGGAUACAAGUGCAGCAGUUAAUCCCAGUAAUUUACUUGCAAUUGGUGGCCAACCUAAUAUUCAUCCUGGUUCGAUAUCAAGUACCGGACGUGGUCGAGUAGGAGGUACGGCUACUAGUACGCAGGCAGCACAAUUGAUAGGUGGUGGAAUCACGCCUAAUAUGUUUACAUCUCCAGCUACUCUUGGUGUUACUUUCCAGCAAUCGCUGGUCCUUGGAAAUACGUCGCAUUAUCCGGUAAAUCCAAGUUUAAUGAUUGGUGAUUACGUGACACCUGGAAACGGCAUAUCACCUCAGACUUACCGGCAAUGAUCUAUGGCAAAAUCAUUUUGCACCGAGUAUUCUCGCAAAGUAAAACAGUUACAGAAUGAUCCUCGCCAUAGCAAUUCUAGCAACACUGGUGACAAGGGCAACAAUAAGCAAAGUCGUAAGUUGGUGUUUAGUUCGCCAGCCAGCAAGCUUCGACUCGCGUCUGCCGUUCGAAUUUUACAUGCAGUUGAUUUAACCAGUCUUGAACCACAUUUUGAUCAUAGCGGUAACAAUGUCGCUUAUUUGAGUAAGCCUACAGUUGAUUCUGUAUUUGGAUUUGGUUGGGGUUCUGGAAGAAAUAAUUCUCAAUGGGAGGCACGUUGGAGGAGAUUGCGAGCCAUCCCCUCGUAGCUGUCAAUAUUUUGUACUGUCAUCUUUUAUUUCAUCGCCCCUUGAAGAUCGGAUCUUCCAGAUUGAAGUGUGCACGCUUGCCAAAUAUAUCCAGGAAGAUAUAAUAUUUUUUAACGACAAUACAGUUUACCGUAUGCAGCGUUCUACGCCUUACUAUUUUACCAAGUCCUAAUAUGGUCUAUACAUCAGUAAUUUGUAAGGAAUGUAGAUCGAUCAUAAAUCGUGUUGUGAUUUCUUGUCUUUUCCUUUAAAAGACUUUAAAAUUUUUAGUACCAGCAAGAUAUCGGAGAUUGUACAUCGAUUAGUUGUUGGCAUAACUGGUUUUCAAUAUCAAACGACUUUUACACAACUCGUAGAAUAGAAAACAACAUUUUUAACGUUUUGCAAAGUGCAAAGAGCAAUAAUCUGAUAAGCAUACAAUAUUAAGCACUCUGUGGCAGAAUUUAUUAUAUAAUUAUUUUAAAUAUAUAUAUAUAUAUAUAUAUAUAUAUAUAUAUAUAUAUAUAUAUAUAUAUAUAUCGUUCCUCAUAUUCUUAUAAUACUGUUUAUAUUUUAAACUGUAAACAAAUUUUACAAUUUUUUUUAUUUGCAUUUUGUAGAGUAAACUUUGCAUGAAUAGGUGCAUAAUUUAUAAACUUAUCUUUAAAUUUGGUUAUAUCCAACUUACAUUGUAUGUUACCAUUCUUCUUAAAUAUUUAUAGAAUACAGUCUGAUAAAACUUUCUGAAACUUAAUUUUGCAUAAAACAUUUUUUAAGACUAUUACUAGUACAUGUACAUAUAUAUGUAUGUGUACGUAUUUUAUAAUAAUAUAAUGUACAUUAUAGUUUAUUGUAUCAGUAUUUAGGGUGCUUAAAUUCAUGUUAACACGAGGAACUGAUUUACAGUAAUGUAUCCAAAACCUAAGCAUGAUAAAAAUGUAGUAGGUUCUUUUUUUAUCUAUAGCGUGUUCUUCCAUAAUAAUAAAAAAGAAAAAAAGAAAAAAAAUAUAUAUAUAAUUUAUAAUUGCAUCAAAUAUCGAAUACUCAUAUUACUUUGUAUCUGGCAUUCCACAAGUGCUUCUAAUAUUGUAUGAUUUGUUGUACAUAACAUAAAAGCCUGCUUCUCUUCCAUUCUUUUUUUCUAAGAAAAUGAUUAUACUAAAAGCAAUAUUUGAAAGAUAUGGAUAACCAAAAGAAAAUUAUAAAACUUUUUGUUGCUUUUCUGAGUAUUGCUUUCAACGUCAUCAUUGUAUAUUUGUGUGAGUGCGCAUAGUUUUUCUUUUUAUAUAAUUGCAAUACAAUGACUGAAAGUUAAUGUGACAUCUCAGGAAGCGAUGCAAGUAGUAGAUAUUUUCAUUCUAUUUUUUUUUUUUUCCUUUUUUUUUUCUUUUUUUUCCAAUUUGUUUCAUAAUUACAUGCAAUUUAUACAUUCAUUUAAAAAGUCUAGCGCAAGUAUGGUGAUGCUCAUUAUUAAUAUUAUCCAUUGUUUUAUAACAUCUAUAAAUCAUUGGUUAAUAGAAAUAAAGAUAGUAUUUAUCAUCGUUCAUAGUAUUAACAAUUGCAUCAAGCUAUUGUUUUUAUAAAAUAUUAUAAUUUAAACUACAAAAAACAAAAUAUUCCUUUUUUUUUUUUGUUUUGUUUUUUGUUUUUAUAUGUUUACAUUGGUUUUAUAUAUAUUUAUAUAUAUAUAAAAGAAACUAGCUUGAGUGUAUUUGGCAUACUUUGAGGAGAUAAAUACUAUUUGUCUCAUAAAUAUCAUCUGGUAGGUACAUAAAUACACGAAGGGAAAAGGUUAGAAUUGUGUUCAAAAUAAUAAUUAUUUAGUAUUUUAUAGAUAACUUAUAUAAAUUCAUUCUAAUUACUAAUGUAAUUAAUUACAUCUCUACUUCCUCUGUGAUGGUUGAUAUGAAUACGAUCUUUAGUAAAUCUUAGUACAAAAUAGUACAAAAAGAUGAUAUAAAUUUUCUUUUUAUGUCCUUUCUUCCUUUGGCAGCUACAACAAAGAACUUCAAUUUGUUAUGCUGUAAAAACUUAUCACUUUUCCAUUUUUAUAAAUUACACUAAUGUGCUUCCAAAAUAUUAUAAUGAUAUUCGGUCGAACGCUAAUCUAACUUUUACUUUCGUGUGAGAAUAUGAUUUAUCAUGUUGCAUGUCCGAUAUGCUCGAGAAAAGAAUAUCGUUAAAAAUUAGAAUUUAUUUUGGUAGUACUGCGUUUAUUUCUUUUUUUCUUUAUUAAAAAUAGUAUUAUAUGACUAAAUGUGGCUCUUUGAAAGUGUAUUGAUUACUUAGAUAUUGAUUCAUUUCAAGAUAUUUGAUUAAUAGCGUGAUUUGAUAAACGAAUUUCAAUUGUAAUAAUAAUUUCAUUAUCAUUAACGUGUCAUCCUCAUUGACUCUUAUCAUCAACAUUAUCAUUGUAUUUUUCAACGUAAGAAGAGCCCACUCGAAAGCGUGCGUGUGUUAGAAGCAUACGCGACACAUGUGCACUAUCCAAUACGAUUACAAUUAGUAUGCACGCGCCAUUUGUAUGUAUAGCCUUCGUGCGUGUGUGACGAAUACGCGUAGUAUUUUUUGCAUCCAUUACAUUAAUGAGGUUUAUUUAUACGGCGCAUUAUAUCACGAGCAAUUUUGAAUUGCACCGACUGAACAUCAAUUUUGUUAUUUACCUAUAUAAACAUCCGUCGUGCUCGAUUAUUAAUUGUAAAUACUCUGACAGCUUUUUGGCUUUAAUUUGUUUCCUAUCUUUUUGGUAGCAAACACAUUAUAGUGUUCUAAUUCUUUGUAAUUAAUCUACCCUGAUGAGUCUGUUAGAAAAAUUUUAUAAAUGUCUACACAGACUACAAAGGAUUUUUUUCUUUCUUUCUUUCUUCUUUCUUUCUUUUUUUUUUUUUUUUUUUUGCAUUUUCUUCAUAAAUGAAUUUUAAUGGGAGAUCAUUUAAUCUCCGAGACACGUUGUAUAUAAAUGUGUCGAAAUUGCAUCUUCAGCUCAGCAAAACGGAAUAACGAUUCCGUUAACUUUAAGGACGGUGCAAUUCUAGACAAAUCGUGUCGAUUAAUCGCUGUUUGCAUAAUAAUACUGGUUCCAUGAAUUACCUUUUAUAAUAGGAUUUUUUUACUUUUGCUUUCAUCGAUCUCCCUCCACCAUGUUUGUAUUCCGCGAGUGUUCUUUUUUAUACUGUCCGAAACGACAAGAAUGUACACGGAACUCUAUUACGUUCCAUGACUUCGUUUUACCGCAAGUUAAGAAUUAUAUAAAAUUAUUGAUGACAGGCGAUUUAGUAAUAAUGAUAUUUAUAUCUGUCGAAUUAAUAAAUUAAGUUGAAAUUUUA